AUGGUGAAUGGAAAAAGAGUAUCUUCAAAGAGAAAAGCACAACAAAUAGCGGAAGAUUCAACAUCAACUGAAGAAGAAACUCCAUCAAUUGCAGUAAAAGAAAUUCGAAAAUCAACAACACCUAAGACGAGAUCAAAAUCUUCAAACAAUAAAAACAAACCUUAUAAAUCAGGUUUCCACACCAUCACUGAGCUUGUGAACAAGAACUUUGAGGAGGAUGAAAAACUAAGAAAGGUGAAUACUAAUAAAGCAUGGUUCAUUGAGUUUCAAUUAGAUAAGCAAAAGGAAAGCCCUUUUUGGCCUGUUGUAGACAUCUUUGUUCACAAGAAAGAUGAAAAGAAAGAGGAGAAAAAGGCAGAAAAGAGAGAUGUAUGGCACAAGAAUCCAGACUUAAUCUUGAAGAUUGUGAGACAGUUCCGCCAUGAUAAUUCAAGGGAGAAUGCUUUUGUUUUCAAUACAGUUAAGAAGAAAAAUCUAGUGGAAGUAAAGAGUAUGCCUGAAGAUUUGUUUUUAAUUUUUGGAUUAGAUAUGGUAGCAUCAGAACCUGAAGAAGGGAAAGCUACCAAAUCUCAAGCUGAGAGGACAUAUGGUCCACUGAUAACCCGAAUAGCUCUGAAGGAUCCAACUAAGUUGAGGAAAUUAGAUGCGGAGAAGGAAAUCUUGCGUAUAAUGAAGGAAAAACCAAAGUUGCAAAGGGAGAUCGAAAGAAAUGCAGAGGACUUGUAUUGGUUCGCUGAAUACAAAAAAAGCAUGACGCCAAGCAGUGAGCAAGGUUUCCCAAGGCUUCUAAGGUGGAUCAUCAGCGACAUCAGCAAUACAAUCGGGAGAGAUCUAAAUGAAGCAAUGAAAAGGGUCAUAUUUAAUUUAUGUGUUGAUACUUUGCAAGAAAUCAUUUCAUUUACAAAAGAAUUAAAACGUAAGGAGUAUGGAAGUGAAACUGACAAGAAUGAGGAGGAGGAGGGGGAUGGGGAGGAUGAUGACGAGGAGGAGGAUGGUAAAGGUGGUGAUGUGGAUGAUGAUGAUGACGAUGGAGAGGAGGAGGGUGGAAAAGGUGGUGAUGUGGAUGAUGAUGAUGAGGAGGAGGGGGAGGGUGGAAAAGGUGGUGAUGAGGAGGAUGGAAGUGAAUCUGACAAGAAUAAAGUUCCGCCUGAAAUUCCUGAAAAGCCAAGCACUCCUCCAUCAAAGAUAAAUGAAGAAGAAGAUGAGAAGGAUGGAACAAGCCGAGAAGUUGUCUGA